ACUGCGUCAGACAUAAGAAGAUGAUUAAUUUGCACUAAACAGAAGAAGACCUAAGUCAGUUUUGUUUGUCAUUUGUAUUGUCUGUAUUUUCACAUUUUUUAUCAGUAUAUAAUUUUUCGAUAUUAGCUUUGAAUAUUAUUGUAUUAUUUACUAGUAGUAAUUAGCUAACUCUCUUAUCAAAUGUUUAUGAGCGGUUUAUAAAUUUGGUUUGGCUUUUUAUUAGCGAUUUAUCAGUUUUGUUUAUGCAGCUUAGUACAUUUUUAGUCAGUGUUCCGAGAAUAUCACAUUAACAGAUGUUAAAAAAUAUUUUGGGUGACCAGGGUGUCAUGGCCUGGCAUGGGAAAUUUCGGCCCGGCUUACUUCUACUCCUGUUUUCAUUCGUUGUAAUAUCGGAGGCAACGGCAAAGGCACUAGAAAUUCGAUAUGAGACUGCUUAUGCUUGUGAAGGUAAAGUCUUGAAGAUAGAAUGCAAAGAAGGUGAACUUAUUAAGUUAAUACGGGCAAAUUAUGGAAGGUUUUCUAUAACUAUUUGCAAUGAUCAUGGCAAUACAGAUUGGAGCGUCAAUUGUAUGUCACCAAAAUCUUUGAGGGUCCUACAUAGCAGAUGUUCUAAUAAACAGAAUUGUACAGUAGAAGUGAACAACGAGACUUUUGGCGACCCAUGUCCAGGGACUAGUAAAUACAUUGAAAUGCAGUAUAAUUGCAUGCAGGCCACAACUACUACAACCACAAGUCGACCUAGUCCACCAUGGUUGAUUACAUCUCAACCACCGAUGUGGAGUACUAUAAAAGCACCAUCCAGCAGACCAACUCAUCCGACGUCUCCUUCAAAGCCUGCAGCUGUUUCACCGCCACAAUCUUCAGGUUCAUCGUCUACAUCUAGAAUUAAACCUUCAACAACAACACCGCGUCACUUUUCAAUUACACCACAACCUCCACCGCCUGUUCAGCCCCUUGAAAAAGACGAAUUUGAUGAAAUCAACACACUUGACCACAUACCAGACGAAAUUACGACGCUUCCAUUUACAACAAUUACUUCAAACGGAGUUGAUUUGAAUAAAAUCACAUAUGAUAUAAUGUAUACAUCAAUACCAAGCAUGGCUCCAUCAUGGGGUAAGGACAUCGACAGUAUACCAUAUCACUGCAGCCCUCAAACUGUGCGCAGUAUCUACUGGAACUGGACAAAAGUGAAUGCAACCUCCAUCCAACCAUGUCCAGGAGGUACCACUGGCUUCGCCAAAUGGCACUGUCAAGGAUUUCCAAAUUCCAAAACGCCUCAAUGGUAUCCGGCAAACCCAGAUCUUAGCGAAUGUAGAUCUGUUUGGUUAACAAGUUUAGAACAAAGGAUAAUUGUAGGCAAAGAUCCUUUAUUGUCAAUAACAAACGAUUUAGCUCAAGUAACAAGCAGUAAAACACUUUUUGGUGGAGAUAUGAUGUAUACCACGAAGAUUAUUCAAAAACUAACUGAAAAAAUGAGUAAUGAUAUUCUGACAUUUUCAGAUAUUGAACAAAGAGAACAGUUCGUAACUGAGCUACUUUCUGACGUAGCCAAAACAGGCAGCAACUUGUUAGAUGCUUCCCAACAUUCUUCUUGGAAAGACUUAAGCUACAAGGAACAAAUGAAUGUAGCUACAUCUUUGCUCAUCGAGCUCGAAGAAAAUGCUUUUCUUCUAGCUGAAACUGUAAAUAAUAAAAAGACUGUAGAUCGCAUGUUCAAAAAUAUAUUGAUAUCAGUUAGAGUAUUAGAUGUAAGGUCCCUUUCAUAUGAAACAUUCCCAGAAAGAGCAUCUAAAAAGAUGUGGAAAGUUAGCAAUGAUUUAAUAGAAUUACCUCGAGGAGCUUUACUAGAGAAUAGUGAUGGUACUCUAGUAAGACUAGUAUUUGUCGCUUUUGACCGAUUGGAAGAAAUCUUGCAGUGGCAACCAGAAGGAGUUGACACUUUGAAUCCAAGCAACAAUGUUUCCAAAGUGCUGAACAGUAAAGUGAUAUCAGCGAGUUUGGGCAAAGGAAGACAUAUCCAGCUUAAGGAACCAGUUCAACUCACCAUGCAACAUUUAAAGACUGAAAAUCUUAGCAAUCCAACAUGUGUGUUUUGGGACUAUACAACUAAUGCAUGGAGUGAAGAAGGGUGCUAUGUUUUGACGUCGAAUUUUACACAUACAAUUUGUCACUGUAAUCACUUGACGAACUUUGCAAUAUUAAUGGAUGUUCAUGCCUUGUAUUUACCUAUGGCACAUGAAAUCGCAUUGCAAGUUAUCACUUACAUCGGUUGUAUCAUAUCUAUUGUAUGUUUAGUUCUGGCAAUAAUUACAUUUCAACUCUUUCGAGGACUCAAGAGUGACAGAACGACAAUCCAUUGUAAUUUAUGUAUAUGUCUAUUGAUAGCUGAAAUAAUAUUUUUAUUUGGAAUUAGUCAAACUAAUAAUAGAAUUUUAUGUGGAGUAAUAGCUGGAUGUUUGCAAUACUUCUUCUUAUGUGCGUUCUUUUGGAUGUUUUUUGAAGGUUUUCAAUUGUAUGUAAUGCUGAUAGAAGUUUUCGAAGCUGAAAAGUCCAGAAUGCGCUGGUAUUAUAUUGUUGCUUAUGGUCUUCCUUUCGUUAUAAUAUUAAUUUCCGCUUUAAUAUAUCCACAAGGAUAUGGUACUUAUAGACACUGUUGGUUACAAACUGAAAAUUACUUUAUAUUAAGUUUUGUUGUACCAGUAGCAGUAAUUAUUUCGCUAAAUGUAAUAUUUUUAAUAAUGGCAAUAGUAAUGAUGUGCAAGCAUGCUAGUAAUACAGUUUCUAUGAAGAAUAAAGAACAUUCCCGGCUUGCAAGUACAAGUGGAAAGGAGGAAAAUGCACUUCAUAUCAAAUUUCAAGCUCAUUUGGCUUGGUUAAAAGGAGCCUUUGUGUUGGUAUUUCUUCUCGGUUUGACAUGGACCUUCGGAUUCUUGUAUCUUAAUAAAGAAUCAGUAGUGAUGGCGUAUUUCUUCUCGGGAUUUAAUUCAUUACAAGGAUUCUUUAUUUUCUUAUUCCAUUGUAUACAGAACGAGAAGGUGCGGAAAGAAUAUCGUAAAGUAAUACGAAGACAUUCCUGGUUACCGCAAUGUCUUCGUUGCUCUAGCCCAGGUGGUAGUUCAGGUAGCACCAGCGGAAGUUCCGGGAUGGCGAAAGAGCGAGGAACUAGUAUCUAUGGUGGUUCCAAUGGUAAUCCUUCAGCUGGUACCAACUCCCACUCAACAGACAACUCUGUUCUUACACCGCAUGGAACUAGUUUGCAACGCGAUUGGAAUUCCAGGAGUUGCACAAACGUAAGUCGGGUUUGCAAGACACCUGUGCCCACUUCUACUUCGGCCAACAUGGCUGCUACUCUGUCUCGGCCAAUAAGAACAACACCUACCAACCUUAUUCCUGAUACAGAGUCUAACAAUACCUCGACUUUACCUUAUAGCCGUAACUUCUAUAAGAUCUCUUCUAACAAUCCUAAUAUACCUAAAUCAAUCUCCACUUGGGGUCCUCUGCAUAAACCUUUACACUCAAAGAACAUUUCUUUUAAGUCUUGCAGCCGAGAUUCAGGACAUGGAGGAUCCGAGCAAGAAGAUUCACCCAGAUCGCAUAUGGUACUAGUUGGCAGUGCGGGUUAUCCAGGAACCGGACAUCUAGUGGCUGUAAAUACCAAAGAUAUCCGCCAUCAAAUGCUUCAAGAACGUCCUACAAAUUUAACUGAUUUGGAUAUCUGUCUGGAAGAAAAUAUCCAUCCCAAGCAUAUAAGUAUUCCGCAAAGUUCUCAUGGAAAUUUUAAGAAAAAACUACCGGGAUCGAGUCAUCAUACUUAUACUGAAAUAUAUGAAGCACACACUCCAAGGGGAUUAAUUGAAGAUGAUCCUGUGUAUGAAGAAAUUGACAGAAAUGAAAUUCAAGUAUCUGAUAUGAGUGAUGAGGAUGGAAAGAGACAGAGUGAUAUGAGCCGACAAUCUUCAAGAUCAUAUGGAGACCACCGACCUCUUAUACCAUAUAGUCCUGGCAACGAUAGAAGCUUUACUGACGUAAUGAAGCAUUAUGCCAAAGAUCUCAAUCAUUGUCCACCGUCCAUGGGUAUGGACACUUAUAGAAGACGUAAUAUGGCAUACCGUGCUGGAAUGGGUGGUGAUGCAUCAUUGCGGUCCCUAGCUGCAGUGUUAGAUGGAGAAACUGUUGUCUGUCACUUGGAACCUCCAGAGAAUCAAUAUCCCAACGAUUCGUUCGUCUCACGAACUUUAGUCCAUCCCCCGUAUAGUGAGAGUUAAGAAUUAGGAAACUGCCAUUGCAAGUGAAUAUCUGUGAUUACCACAUGAUCAGACUCUAAGGUCAUACCUAUAGAAAAUCCCAUACAUGGGUGAAUAUGAAAGGUAUAGAGAAGCUAAUGGUUGUUCUAAAACUAAAUUAUUAUUAGAAAUGAAUUCUGCUCUGAUACACAAUUAUAAAUAGAAACAAGUACAAUGAGCUUAAUGUAAUUAAAUUUUACAACAAAGAUUCACUAUGAAUUUAGAGAAUGUUUUAAAUAUUGUCAAAAUGAGAAGGGGCUAUUAGUUUCUAACAUAUAUAUCCCCCUAUUAUCUGCUUAGAAAUUUUGUCUUUUGGUAUGGACUAUAAUUAAAGACGAUUUGCAUUGUUUGUGGCAAUAGCAAUCACUUUCUCACUUUGCAGAAUCAUGAUUGUGAAUAUUUAGUAAUGGUCCCUUUACAUCUAAAGGUGUAGUUCUUGUGCUUUUUGAUAGAUAACAACAAAAGCUUGAAUAAACAAUCAUUGGCUAUCUAUUGCAUCAUUUGAACAUUUCUACCUCUCUUACUACUUUUAACAAUGAGUAUUUUCCAUAUUAUUUAUCAAAUCUCAUAAUUUGUGAAUAAUAUGUUAAAAUGAUUAAUAAUCGAGAUAUGAACAUACCUGUUUUGUUCAAUAUCUGGAUAUUUAAAGUUUGUUGCUUAUAAAAAGUACUCUAAGUGGGGUAUUAAGAUUUGCCAUGUUGUGGGAAUUUCUUUUAUACAUAUAUUACUUAGUAAAGCUCAGCUUGUAUGAAUGAAGGAACGUGAUAAUUUUAUAGUAAUCAACUAUUUUAUAAAAAGUAUUUCUGUGAAUUGAAUGAAUAUAUAUUAGUUGUCAUUUAUUAAGGUCUGUCAAUCAGUCUCUAAUUGGAAAAAAGUUAAACAUCGAUUCUGAUAAUCAUUAUCAUAAAAAUAAAAUUAUAGACAAUUAUUUUAUCUAUACAUGUGGUUGUAGUGCCUUUUUUGCGAUUCAAAAAAUAUAUUUUUCAACAUAUUUAUGUACUAAGCUGGGAUUAGAAACAUGUUUUUUUCGUGAAAAUCAGAUGAGUAUCAAGACAAAUCUCGCUUUUCCAAUAUAUUAAAAAAAUACAGAGUUUGAUAUAGAUAUCAACUUAAUAUAAAACAGUGCUUUGUUUUUUUGAUCAAAUUUAUCAAUGAAUUCUAGUAGUUUCUCUGAUACAAUGAAGUUCAUAUCAAGCUUAAAAUGAAGUUUGAUUCAUUAAUUUCGAAUUGUCUAUUUUAAGUAUUCUCUGUAUUAAAUACUUGUUUUUUCAAAUUAUUUCUCAAGAGUUGAUGAUGCCUUUUAUUUUGAAUCUUAACAUCACUCACGCGUUUAAUGUUGGAAAUAAUAGAUAAGUAUACUUAUGUACUAUAUAUACCUUUUGUACUAAUUUGAUUAUAUAUGUGAUUUCUGUCAAAUAGUAUUGAAUAACUUGUUGAGUCCAAGAAGCAAACCAGUAUGUUUUAUUUCCUUUUAUUACAUCCACAGGUACAUUUUGGUCCCUCAAAUAAAUAAUCUUUCAAAACAGUUUCAUACAAGUAUAUAUACUACUGUCAGAGCUAUACUUUUGAAUUAACGACUUCCAAGAGAUUGUUUUAUUGCAGUACUAGUAACAUUACACACCGCUCUUGCACAAUCUUCAUAAACAGGUUUUGGUUAUACAUUGAGAAGAGCUCCUGGCUCGUCGUUCUUUUGGAUUCCUCGAAACCAUUUGACUAUAUUUGUGAUGAUCCAUUGGGACCCUUUGUACUACUUGAAUUCUCUGGUGAGGCUUAACGCAAUUGGUGAACGAUUUGGUUUGCUUUCUAAAGCAGCCUGGUUGUCAUGUGCAGCUGUUUGUUUAGGAGAUUUCAAAAAACUUCAUCUUAUAGAUGAGCAAUAGCAGCCGCAGUUAAGACCAGUUAUAUUUUUUAUCUAACAGGAGGAGGGGACACAUUUAUGUACACAUUUUUCCAUCGAAGCUGGGCAAACAAAUUGAGCGGAUGGAGCUCUAGCUUUGAUCCUGAUGUAGUAUUUAUAUCAGAAUUGCGAAUUGCUCAUUUUUAUUAAGUAUGGUAUAUAUAUAUAUAUAUAUAUAUAUAUAUAUAUAUAUAUAUAUAUAUAUAUAUAUAUAUAUAUACAUAUAAAUGUGUGUGUGUGUUCCUAAAUGUUCUUGAUUUUAAAUUUUAGGUCUCUUCUGUUUUUUUAAUAAUUUUUAAAAGAUAGAUAAAAAUUAUUAAAAAUAACAUUUUUGCAACAACCGAAGACAUCUAAAAUCAAGAACAUCUAGAAACAAACAUAUCAGAAUGCUAAGAAAUUGAGGAAAUUUAUAUAACUAUAUAUAUUAUUCAUCUGAAUUUUACUUACCAAAAUUCUAAUUCCAAUUUUUUCUUAUUAAAGACUGAUUUUAAAUGUUCUGACCUAUUAAGAAGUUGCAAUAAGUCUGUUGAACAAAACUAUUGUAAAUUGCACAAUGUCUAUCAAAUUUUUCAGUAGUUAAAAAUCUUUUAGUGUAAUGAUAUCCAAUAUUCAUUUGCCAAUAAUUGCAUAUGUUGAUAGGUACUGUGUGAGGGACUUUUAUACAUAAACCAAGAUUUUUAAUCUAUGAUGUAUUCUCUGUUUUACCGAAAUUAUAUUGCAGAUCUAUGACAUUUUACCGCAAUACAGUUGACAUGUUCAAAAAAUAAUAAGUUCAUCUUUUAUCCUAAAAUCAUUGAAAGGAAUGAUACCGCCAACAAAUUAUUUCAAUGUAUCUUAAUUGAUGUCACCAAUCAUCGAAAUGCAGCUGAGAUCUUCAUUUGCUAGCAAUUAUCCUUUCAUAUUAUACUAAAAUAGGAAAAAUGCCAUUAUUUUUGAAUAGAUUUUUUUAAAAAUAAAAGAUGUAAUCAAUAAGAAAUUUCCUAUGUUCUAUGAUGGGAAAUUUUGCUAGCAUAAAUAGAAAUUGCAGUUUUUAUAUUUGUUUUCUUUUCAUAUUAUUAAUAUGAACUCCAUUCAUGAAAAGUUUUGUUUUAUUAUGUAGAUCAAGCGCGAUGCUUCGGUUAACAAUUUUUUUAAAAAUUAUUUGCGGUAAUAUCUUACUAAAAUAUAUAUAUGGUAGUUCUGGUAAUUUUUUAAAUUAAAUGUAUGUAGUGAACCGAUAUUUUUGGUAAACAAGCCCAUAAGGAGCAUUCUAAAUAUUUUGCCGUAUCACUAGGGCAGCUUUAUACAACUGUUGUUGUUUUUUUAAUUUAACAAAAUUAUUCUUUUUGUUAUUACUUCCAAAAGUAUUUACUACUUGAAUGUAUCCUCACUGAAUAUUAUGAUGUAAUUAGGUGGUCAUAAUUUAUUAAAUAAUGUAGUCAGAUGUACUGCUAUGUGUGAUCUAAAUGAAAAAAAUUAAAAAAUAAGUUACCGACUGUUGAAAGAAGAUCGGUCAUUAAAUAAACUAUUUUGGUUAAUAAAAUUUUAGAUAAACAUAAAAACAAAAGAGUGUCGAAAAUAGGUAGACUUAAAAUGUGUCAUUUAGACAGUAUUUAUUCCAAAAUGUUUUUUUUACGUUAAAGAAGCUACAACUAAUUAUGAUCUCUUAUCUAAUAAUAUAUUAAUUGUGCCAAUAAAUGAAAUACUCGACUGUAUAAAAAUACUAAUUCUGCAAAAUAUGAGGGAAACUUGUACGCAAUAUAUGUACAUUUUUCGUAUUUAAUUUUUUUUAUCCAUCCAAAGUAAAGAAUAAUAUAUGUGAAAUCCCAGAAUCAUUUCGAAUUAAUUGUCAUAUGACACAGAUGUCAUCUCUUUUAAUCUCUCACUUAUCUUUAUCUCCUUGAUAGAUCUUAUAAAUAUUAGUUUUGGGAUACUACUGUCAAAUAUUACACUAGUUACUAGUUUUUUUACAUGAAUUGAAAGGUAUCAAUUUUCAUGCAUAACACAAUAAGGCAUGAAAUUAAAUAAUAUAUUACAUGAUGUGUCUAUUCUAUUUUUCAAGAAUUAGAAAGUUCUAAAUUGAAAACAUUCUCAAUUUUCAUCAUAAUAACUAUUUGAACACACAUUUGGACACUAAAAUUACUGUCUUUCUAGAAGGGCCUUUUAAUUUAAUAACAAUUAAAAGAUAUCUAUCUUCCUCCUUAAUAACAAAAGGUAUGAAAUUUAAUGCAAUAUUAUAUAAUUUUAAUAUUCAAUUUAUAUAGAGUAUUCAGAAGCUCAGUUGAUAUUUAUUUUUACUGUAAAUAUUAUUUUCUUGAUUUCAUGAAUGAUAUUUGAACAAUAUAAAAAAUUUUGUAUUUUGUCAAAACAAAUUAUCGGUAAGAAACAUUCGCAGUAUAAUAAUCGAAUUUUUACUCAGCAUCGGUUACAAACAGUGUUCAUACAAACUUACCAUUUAAGACAAAUACACGGUACUACUACUUUUGAAAUGUUAAUUUAGGAUUUCAGUGUUUGCAUUAUGAGAAGUAUAUUUUGUAUUCAAAAUAUCAUUUGAAUAUUUUAUUUGGUUCAUCAUUAUUUAAGAUUUUACACUGUACGGUUUUAAAACUGUUGUAUAGUGAUCAAUUUACAAUGAAAAGUUAGAAUAACAUUUAGAGACUGAUAGUAAUUGUAAAUUUCAUUGAAUUUAUAUUUCAUCCCCACUCCUUAUUAAUUUGCCAAUAAUUUUUCUGUGGUUUCCAAAUUUUUUAUUUAGAAAAAAUUUAAUAAGUUAUGACGAUGAAAUUUUAUUUAUUUGUAAUUAUUAUUGUAAAAUUUUAUUGGGUUAAUGAAAUUUGAGUGCUAUUAAGUUGUAACUUAGGCAGCACAAUAACAUGUAAAUAUAGAAAUAAAGUUUCUAAUAAUAAAUAAAAAUUUUCCAUUGAAA